AUGCUUCCUCCUAUACAACCAGAGAUACUGUCUGCCAACCCCAAGUUUGACGCGCUCUAUCGCGACCUGUGCACCAACAAAUUGGAACACGAUGGCACUACCAGACUCGACGCGAAAGCACAAAAGGAGCACGAUGCCAUGGUGGAUGAGCUAAGGAAGGCACGAGUCGCAAACGCGAAGCAAAAUCUUGUCAGAGCGUACCUAAGGACUGUCUCGUUCCGUGGUGAUGAUCUUCCAGAUGAGCUGCAAGAACUUGUUUCGAUUAUCGCUGCCACAUUGCAAGCUCGGCUUGCAAAAGAAGACGCUCAUCUUCUACGAGACGAUGUGGACAAGUUCAAGGACAACAUAGCCCUCAUCGCCCUUGUGGUAUCGCAUGCUGCCGCAGAAGACAUCACGGCUUUGGCUCGCAUACAAUCGCCAGAACAAGCACUGGACUGGAGAGACAUGCCAACUCGAAUACGCGAUAGGCAGACCAGUAUCGCCAAGGCAGAUGCUGAAAUCGCGACCACACGCUUGAAGCUUGUGCACGAGGCUUCCGAUCUACACCAUCUUUAUCGCAAAGUCAUGGAAACAAGUAUACGACUCCUGGAACAAACAAUACACGGAUCAGUCGCCCGAAGCACCAAAGCGAAAGCCGACUAUCUUGCGACUGUGGCAGAGGGAAUGAGCAGGAAGCUUCAACUCCAACACAGCCAGCUUAUGAACCAGGUAGGGUCGUCCGAGCUGCAAGAUGUCCUUCGCUCGAAAUCCGACGAUCUGGGUGGAGAAAGUAUGACGCUACGCAGGAGAACCCGAGAGCUCGAGGAAUAUCUCGAGGAGUAUAGGAAGGCUCAAGCAGUGGAGGGUCUGGCGGAGGAAUACGCCGCAAUACUGCGGGAAACGGAUCAGGUUCAAGCCGAUGUUGAGAGACUUCAUUCAGCAAGGGAGAAGCGCAACUGA